CCUCGCGCCCGGCCCCUGGAGAAAGGCCGGCGCCUGCGCAAUGGGGGUUCCGGCGUCGACUCACGAAGUCCUUCGGAUGAGAGCUUCUGGGUGCCAGACGAGGCCAGGGCCUUGCCCUCCCAAGACACUCUUCUUCAAGAGAGAGACCAGAAGAGAAGGCAAAAAUGAAUGUUGAAGUAUUAAAAGUCAUAUCCCAGGACUUGGUGACAUUCAAGGAUGUGGCGAUAGAUUUUUCCCAGGAAGAGUGGCAAUGGAUGAACCCUGCUCAGAAGCGAUUAUACAGGAGUAUGAUGUUGGAGAACUAUCAGAGCCUGGUAUCACUUGGUCUUUGUGUUUCUAAGCCGUAUGUAAUCUCCUUAUUGGAACAAGGGAGAGAGCCUUGGGAGAUGACAAGUGAGAUGACAAGAAGCCCAUUCUCAGAUUGGGAAUCUAUAUAUGAGACACAGGAAUUACCUCUGAAGCAGUUCAUUUAUGAUGAUGCAUGCAUGGAGGGAAUUACAAGCUAUGGACUUGAGUGUUCCACUUUUGAAGAAAAUUGGAAGUGGGAAGAUCUUUUUGAGAAGCAGAUGGGAAGUCAAGAGAUGUUUAGCCAGCAAGAAACAAUCACUCAUAAAGAAACCCACACUAAGGAAACAGAAUUUAAAUAUACUAAAUUUGGGAAAUGUAUCCAUCUGGAAAACAUAGAAGAGAAUAUUUAUAAUCGUACCUCAGAUAAAAAAUGCUUCUCCAAAAAUUCUAUGGUAAUAAAACAUAAGAAAAUCUGUGCAGGAAAGAAGCUUUUUAAAUGUAAUCAAUGUGACAAAACCUUCACCCAUAGCUCAUCCCUUACUGUUCAUUAUAGAAUUCAUACUGGUGAAAAACCAUAUGAAUGUGAGGAAUGUGGGAAAGCCUUCAAGCAGAGGCAACACCUUGCUCAACAUUACAGAACACAUACUGGAGAGAAACUCUUUGAAUGUAAAGAAUGUAGGAAAGCCUUCAAACAGAGCGAACACCUUAUCCAACAUCAAAGAAUUCAUACUGGAGAAAAACCAUAUAAAUGUAAGGAAUGUAGAAAAGCUUUCAGACAGCCUGCACACCUUGCUCAGCAUCAGAGAAUUCAUACUGGAGAGAAACCCUAUGAAUGUAAAGAAUGCGGCAAAGCCUUUAGUGAUGGCUCAUCUUUUGCUCGACAUCAGAGAUGUCACACUGGCAAAAGACCCUAUGAAUGUAUUGAGUGUGGGAAGGCUUUUAGGUAUAACACAUCUUUUAUUCGUCACUGGAGGAGUUGUCAUACUGGAGAGAAGCCUUUUAAUUGCAUUGAUUGUGGGAAAGCCUUCAGUGUUCACAUAGGACUUAUUCUACAUAGGAGAAUUCAUACAGGAGAGAAACCUUACAAAUGUGAUGUGUGUGGAAAAACCUUCAGCUCUGGUUCAUCCCGUACUGUACAUCAGAGAAUUCAUACAGGAGAGAAACCUUAUGAAUGUGAUACUUGUGGGAAAGACUUUAGUCAUCAUGCAUCACUCACUCAGCAUCAAAGAGUACAUUCUGGAGAGAAACCUUAUGAAUGCAAGGAAUGUGGGAAAGCCUUUAGGCAGAAUGUACACCUUGUUAGUCAUUUGAGAAUUCAUACUGGUGAAAAACCCUAUGAAUGUAAAGAAUGUGGAAAAGCUUUUAGAAUCAGUUCACAGCUGGCCACUCAUCAGCGAAUUCAUACUGGAGAGAAGCCUUAUGAAUGUAUUGAAUGUGGAAAUGCUUUCAAACAGAGAUCACACCUUGCCCAACAUCAGAAGACUCAUACAGGAGAGAAACCUUAUGAAUGUAAUGAAUGCGGGAAAGCCUUCAGCCAAACUUCCAAUCUUACUCAACAUCAAAGAAUUCAUACAGGAGAGAAACCCUAUAAAUGUACUGAAUGUGGAAAGGCUUUUAGUGAUAGCUCAUCCUGUGCUCAACAUCAAAGACUUCACACUGGCCAAAGGCCCUAUCAGUGUUUUGAAUGUGGGAAGGCAUUCAGAAGAAAGUUAUCCUUAAUGUAUCAUCAAAGAGGUCAUACUGGAAAAGAACCUUAAAAAUGUAGUGCAUGUGGCCAAGCCUUUAGUUAUCAUCAGUCCCUUACUGUUCAUCAGAGAAAUCCCACUGAUUAAAAAACAUAUAAAUGUAAGAAAUGAAGAAAAACCCUCAGCCAGACUGAACACUUUACAUGGAAGAAUUCAUACUACAGAGAGGUCUUAAAAAUGUUAAGAAUGUGCAAACGUCUUCAGACAAAAUGCACACCUUGCUCAUCAUUGUGUUCAUUUCAGGCAUCCAGCUGUUCCUCACCCGCUACGUCACUGGAUCCUGCCAACAUACCUGCUAAAUAUUUUUGGAAUUCAUCCACUCUUUUGGUUCCCUAGUCUGAAACAGUCAUUUCAUCUGGACUGUUUCAAUCAUCAUACAACCUUUUGUCUUCCCUGGGCCACACUGGAAGAAGAAAAAUUGUCUUGUGCCACACAUACAAUACACUAACAUUAACAAUAGUUAACAAGCUAAGAAAAAAAAAAAGUCUGUGUGUAAUUUUAGUGAUACACCAACACAGAUAAGCAAAGAAGUCAUUGAAUACAAGAGGUUGGACACCCAUGAAUUCUAAAACUUCUGUAUCCUCUUUUAUCCCUUUUGUAUUAAUAUUAUAGCCACAGUGAUCUUUCAAAAAUGCAAAUUAAAUUAUUCGCUUAAAACUCAUUAAAAUAUUUGAUGCAUAAUAAAGUUCUUAGCAAAAUUACCAACUCAUACUAAGUGCUUGGUAAAUGUUAGGUAAGUAUUCUUCAGAGUUGAUGUAAAUUAUUUUUAAACAGUGUACUCUUGAAAGCAGUAUGGCAAUUGUAAAAAUUUUGGAACCAAAACAGUAUCUUUUUUUUUAAACUAAAAAAAAGUUUUUAGAUAGGGUCUUCCUGUAUUUCCCAGGCUGGUCUCAAACUCUUGUGCUCAAGCGAUCCUCCCACCUCAUUCCCAAGUAGCUGGGAUUACAGGCAACCAGCCUGACUUAAAAAACAGUAUCUUAAGGUAGACAGUGAUUAGCACAUGUAGUAUGCUUACCAUUUAAUAUUAUAAUAAAACAUCACAGUGACACUCUCAUGAUUAAGGCUGUGUUCCAUUGUUGGUGAGGAAACUAAUUAUGACCGAAUACAUACAACAUGUUUUAAUAAGUGGCUGUAUAGCUCUGGAUAAAAUGAACAAAAGAAUUAGAAUUUCUGGGGAGGAUAUAUGCAAGACUAUAUUUAGUCAAGUCAAAAAAAGUCACUAAUGUUUAAAUGAAGAAAGAGAAAUUAAUAUAGUCUCAUUUCAACAUGUGGGUUCACAGAUUUAUUCUAGCAUUCUGAGGAUCCAUUAGUAAGGUUGUUCUGGAGUUUAUUAAAACACACACACACACACACACACGCACACACACUUAAAAUCUCCCACUUCUUUGAUGAGGUUAAGUCAACUGUGAUAUCAAACCAAGGGGAAUAAAUGAAAUUAUAGGUGAAUUUACUUAGUUUUAUACAAAAGGAAAUUGUUAGCCUCUGCUGAUGGAGAACAGAGGCUCUGAAUAAAUGGAGAUCCAUAACAUGAUCCUAGAUGGAUGUUUCAGUAUUGUAAUCCUGUAGGUUACUUUUACACUGACAAUUCUGAAAUUCAUGUUGAGUGUUAUAUUAGGCAGGUAUCACAAGGAAGGUUGUAUCCCAUGAGUUUUUUAUAUUGCAAAAGUGUUUUCGAUGUAUCAUUGGGGGAGAUUAAGUGUCUUUGACAGUUAUCCAACUGGAGAUAAAGUCAGCAUCACAUUUCACUCCUUACAGAGAAGUUUAUUCUGUACUGAUUACAGACAUGAGAGGAAAUAUUGUUAAGAUGGUAGAGGAGAAUGUAGAGUAUUUCUGUGCCUUUAGGUCCAGGAAGUCUUUGGUAAGCAGGACAUGGUCCAGAAGCCAUGAAGAAUGACAGGACUAUGUAGAAGAUUUAAACCUUUUUCAUGAUAUAAGACACUGUAUGCAAAGUUAAAAGCCAUAUGACAGGCUGAGAGAUAUCCUAAACAUACAUUUAAAAGGAUAUAUCCCUUGCAAAAGGGCUGUGGGAAAGCAGCAAGGAUAAGGUACACAGUCUUGCGUAGCAUGUCAACAAAAAAUCCUUGGAUGAAGAAAUUAAAAUAGUUAAAUAGAGGAAGUUCUUAACCUCACUAAUAAUCAGAUAAAUGCAGAUUGUAAAAGUCCUCAUCGCCACCAACACAAACCACCAGAAAUUCUGUGUGAAUGUAAAGUUUGGAUAAUAUCCAGUACUGUUGCAGAUGUGAGAAACCAUAUUUUCAUAUAUUGAGGGUAAAUUAGAGGAAAGCCAUUUUAGAGGGCAAUGUGGUGUUACCUGUCAGCAUUUUGAAUAUAAGUACCCUUUGCUACGAUUCUACACCUAGUAAUUUAUGUUCUCGAAAGCACAAGUGCAGAAAUAUAGAUGCAUAAGCACAUGUGUUAUAGAAUUGAGAGAAAUUUGGAAAAACAAAAUAUUUAGAACUAGUAAAGUUAUGGGUUACAGAAAAUCAAUUCAGUAGAUCAGUAUGUAGUUACGGAAAAUGAGAUGGAUCUCUAUGUACUCAAAGAUGUCCUGCAGCUUAUGAACUGAAAUAUAAUUUUAUAAUCAACACAGUGAUAUCAUUAUGAAGUACAUAAAUUUUAGAAAGCUUAA